AUGGUCCUGCUCGAAAGGGGCCUGGUGCAUAGCAAGCACUGGGCCGGCGGCUUGGUUGUGUCUGAGUUUUCCACUCACCUGUGCAAGAGAAAUGCCUGCGAUCGGAUUUGGGGGGACAUCAGGGGAAGUUGGCUGCAGAGAGUGGGGCCCUCCCUCUCCACAGUGGCCCUGGCCACCGGGAACCUGGUCCAGUUCGGGGUGAUGAUCGAGAAGAUGACAGGGAAGUCUGCCCUGCAGUACAAUGACUACGGCUGUUACUGCGGCAUCGGAGGCUCCCACUGGCCGGUGGACCAGACUGACUGGUGCUGCCAUGCCCACGACUGCUGCUACGGGCGUCUGGAGAAGCUGGGCUGUGAGCCCAAACUGGAAAAGUAUCUUUUCUCUGCCAGCACACGUGGCAUUUUCUGCGCCGGCAGGACCGCCUGCCAGCGGCUGACCUGCGAGUGUGACAAGAGGGCUGCCCUCUGCUUUCGCGACAACCUGGGCACCUACAACCGCAAAUAUGCCCAUUACCCCAACAAGCUGUGCACCGGACCCACCCCGCCCUGCUAAGGCUGUGCUCAGCCUCCUCCCUGCCCCUCAAGGUCCCACCUCAAGCUGCUGUAGUCCCAGGCCUGGGGAACAUUGACGUCAAAGGUCCUCCCUCUGGAAAAUUCCCUUCCUGCAAACCCAUCCCUGCCUGAGAGUUCAGAGAUGUGGCCUGGACCAUCACUAGCCUCCCAGGCUACCCCUCCUCUGCAGAAAGAACCCUGCCCCAGGAGCCAUGGGCCCUUCAGCACCCAGGAGACUGUCACCCACUCCUGGGAUCUCAGCUCCCUCUUCUGAAUAAGUGAAUAAUGUUUUCCCAUAAUUCUAAUAUUCUUCGAUUCUUAGAUUCUAUCCAUCGUUCUAGGAUUUAAUUCCCUACAGUUUCAUCCAUUCAUUAUUUCUCUCAUCACCUACCUUGUGCCAACAAUGUGCUAAGCCCUGGAAUCAGUGGGAACAAGUCUGACACGGGUGGCCCCGCCUGCGAUUCCAGCAUCAAAUUCUCUUCAUUUUCCAUGACACUAAGUUUCUGUGACUCUCUUUUUCUAACAUCCUACAAUCUUAUUCAAGAUAAUGCAGUCUCUGGAAGGAAUAUUGCUGGCCAUAUGGUUUAAUGUGAAAAGCAUGAAAAAUACCAACCUAAAAAUAUUGUCCCCACUGUGUCAUCAGGCCUCAAAUCCCCCCCACUGGCAAAGAUUAAGAGUGAGAAGCAGCUUUAGAUCGUCUUAUCCACACCCCUUCUUUGAUAUACAGGCCCCUGGGGGCCAGAGAGGGGACGUUCUACCCGAGGGGGUGUCCUCACUCCCUCCCUGGCCCUUCGUUUCUUCACGACGUUGUCCUCAGCCACCCACGCUCUCGUAUGGCCGUGUUAGCCAGGCCUGCUGGUUGUCAUCUUGGAAAGACCAGCGUGUCCAGGGCAGUUCAGCUGUGAGGACACAGGAAGAGGAGGAGGAGAGUUCAACAUGGAGGGGCUGACUCCAAACUCCUGAUUCUGAAGCCGUGAAGAAUGUAGUGCACCCAAGGAUUCCCACCAGGAGGAAUGUAGCCUAUUCCGGAAGCAAUUUAUUUCAGCAGAUGUUACUUCCAAAGAUGGAAUUAUCUAUUAUACGCUGAUGAACUCUUAAGGGACUGGGAUUCG